AUGGAUUGGCUCCCUCACCGAACGGCUGCUUUUCUGUUCCUUUUGUUGGUACUCUUGGAUUUCAGCACAGGAUUUCAUGUAGAGGUAAAAGAAUGGGAUGAAAAUGGAACGGCAAGAUGGAAAACCUUCAGAAGACAAAAACGUGAAUGGAUCAAAUUUGCUGCAGCUUGUAGAGAAGGAGAAGAUAAUUCUAAGAGGAAUCCAAUUGCCAGAAUCCGAUCAGACUGUGAAGAAAACAAUCCAGUCACAUACAGCAUCUCUGGAGUUGGAAUUGAUCGUGCACCCUUUGGAAUAUUUGUUGUCAACCCAAGAACAGGAGAAAUUAAUAUAACAUCAAUAGUGGACAGGGAAGUAACCCCAGUAUUUGUUAUACGUUGCUUUGCCAAACACUCAGUGACAGGUAUGGAUUUGGAACCACCUCUUGAACUUCGAGUCAGAGUUCUGGAUAUAAAUGACAACCCUCCUGUAUUUGCACAAACUGUAUUUACAGGAUCUAUUGAAGAGAGCAGUAUGGACAACACACUGGUGAUGAAAAUCAUUGCAACAGAUGCAGAUGAACCUAAUCACUUGAAUUCUAAAAUUGCCUUCAAGAUAGAGAGUCAGGAACCUUCAGGUCCACCCAUGUUCAUUAUGAAUAAAUAUACCGGAGAACUCCAUCUUGCCAAUUACCUUGACAGAGAGCAACAUAGUAGCUACACUCUUGUUGUGAAGGCAUCAGACCGGGAUGGAGCUGCAGAUGGAAUAUCAUCCCUUUGUAGCUGUAACGUUAAAGUUAUUGAUGUCAAUGACAACUUUCCAACUCUUGCUCAAAGCUCUUUUUCAGCAAGUAUUUCAGAAAAUUCACUCAGUUCAGAACUGCUACGAAUACAAGCUCUGGAUGCUGAUGAAGAGUUUACAGACAAUUGGUUAGCAGAGUUUUUCUUUAUAUCCGGUAAUGAAGAUAACUGUUUUGAAAUUGUUACAGAUCGAGCUACAAAUCAAGGCAUCCUUAGAGUAAUUAAGGAAUUGGAUUAUGAACAGCUCCGAACCCACUCACUGAUGAUUGGUGUCAGGAACGUAGCUGCCUUCCACCACUCUGUUGCACAAGAGUACCAAAUAUAUGGAACACCCCUCACAAUAGAAGUAAAAAAUAUGAUUGAACCACCGAGGUUUCACCCAUCUUCAGUCGUGUUUUCUCUAUCAGAAGGCACAAGAGUGAAUUAUGUUAUAGGAACAUACACAGCCAUCGACGAGGAUACAAGAGCUAUUGCAUCAAAUGUUGUAUAUAGUAUAGGACGUGAUCCAGCUGCCUGGUUCAGAAUCAAUCAAAACACUGGUGAAAUCACACUCAACAAAGCUAUUAACCGGGAAUCAGUCUAUGUCAUCAAUGGGCAGUACAAAGCAGAGGUUCUGGCUAUCACCAGAGGGGUUCCUCGAUAUACUGCUACAGGCACCAUUGUGCUUUCAAUAGAUGAUAUCAAUGCCAACUGCCCGACUAUUAAUACUGAAUUAAGGAAAGUAUGUAUGCAUUCCCCAUCAGUGAUUAUCACAGCAAAGCACAGGGAUGGAGGUCUAUAUGCUACGCCCUUUACAUUCACCAUACAUGGUGAACCUCAAACUACAUGGAUAAUCAGAUCAAUAAACGCUUCCUCUGCAGAACUAGUGAGUCAGAACAUUGACUUUUACCUUUAUAGGAUCUAUAUCACUGUAAGAGACAGCCAAGGCCGACGCUGCCCCAGACCACACAUAAUUCCUGUGCAAGCUUGUCAGUGUGAUAGUCGGAAUUACUGCACCAGUGGGGCCACAAAAAUAAUUAUCAUCGGUGGUGGUGGUGGUGGUGCUGGUGGUGGUGGUACUGGAGGCGGUGGCACUGAUACUGGUGGUGGUGGAGAAGGCCGGGAAGAUGGUGGUGGUGAUGGUCAGACUAGACCUGGAGGAGAUUAUGAGGAUCACACAGACUGGCAGACUUAUACUGAUGGAUACGAUGGAGGUGAGGGAGGAUAUACUGCAUCCAUUGACGACAAUUAUGGAAAUGAAAAUUAUGGCAGAGACUUCCAAUCACCUACCACACUUAGCGGUGCUGCCAUUGGCCUGAUGUUUCUUGGUGGAUUAAUAUUUGUUCUGAUUCCAAUUUUGAUGUCAAUGAGCGACUGCUGUGGCUGUGGACGUGGCGCUGCAGGUGGAGUUGGAACUGGAUUUGAACCUGUACCUGAAUGCACAGAAGGGGCAAUUCAUCCAUGGGGAAUAGAAGGUGCACAGCCUGAAGACAGGGAUGUCUCACACAUUCUUGCCCCAACAACAGCUGCAGGAGGCGAUUUUGGCGAACCCUCUGAGAUAUAUAAUAACACAUAUGGAGGAGGAGGAGUAGUAGCUUCCGGUGUUGAAGAAACUACAGGGGUUGGUUAUGGCACUGGAACUGGUUACGGAACAGCUGGAGGAAUUUCUGGAACAGGGGAAGUAAAAGGGUCAAUUGGAGGAACAAUAAAAGAGUAUCGAGAAGGAGGAGUGAACAUGGCCUUCCUAGACAACUAUUUCUCUGAGAAAGCAUUCGUGUAUGCAGAUGAAGAUGAAGGUCGGCCAGCAAAUGACUGCCUAUUAAUCUAUGAUCAUGAAGGAGUCGGUACUCCUGUUGGCUCUGUGGGUUGCUGCAGCUUUAUCGGAGAAGAUACAGAUGAAACAUAUUUGGAUACAUUAGGACCAAAAUUUAGGACCCUGGCAGAGAUCUGUCUGGGCAAAGAGAUCGAACCUUUCCCUGAUGUCAACCCACCCUGGCCAGGCGUCAACGUCACCUUUCCCAACCCUGAAAGUGACCUAAACCUCCCACCACCUGGAACCACCAUCGUUGUCAAUGGAAGUGCACCUAUGCCUCCCCCAGUUGGCACUACAACGGUUGUUACUGAAAACACCUACACAUCUGGGUCAACCAUACAGCCCCCAAGGCCGGUGCCAGAUCCCUUGCUCCACGGCAACAUGACGGUGACUGAGACCUACACCUCUGGCUCCCCUUCUCUUUGUGUUGACCCUCUGCGGGCAUCCAACGUCGUCGUAACAGAAAGGGUUGUCGGUCCUGCAUCUGCCUCUGAUUUGCGUGGCAUGCUAGAUAUCCCUGAUCUCACAGAUGGGUCCAAUGUUAUUGUCACCGAAAGAGUAAUCGCGCCUAACUCCCGGCUUCCAGCGUCUCUGAGCAUUCCCGAUCUGGUAGAUGGGUCAAAUGUGGUAGUGACAGAAAGGGUGUUCAGGCCUGCCUCCGGCAUGCCAGGCAGCCUAAUAAAUAUUCCCUCAGAGUUAUCAAAUGCCCACAAUGUGGUGGUCACAGAGAGAGUAGUGUCAGGGUCUGGCAUGAGCAGCCUGGGAGGAACAAGCCUGGGGGGGGCAAAUCUGGGGGGCCUGAGCAGCACAGGUCAGAUGCUCAGUGCCGACUGUCACCUUGGACAGGCAAUGGGCACGGCAUCUCCAGGCACCUCCCGGAGACGAGUGACAAAGUACAGCACCGUGCAGUACUCCAGUCAGUAA